UCGUCCCCCGAGGGGUGUGUUCCCCGCCCUUGCUGUCCCGUUGCGGCGACCCGACGGGGCCCGCGAAGGGCCACGUGGAGCCGGUGAGGCGGCUCCAUCCGACCCCGGGGUCCCCCGUGUGCGCAGCCUGGCAACCUGGCGCCCUCCGCUGCUCGCGGCCCGCCGGGGGGCCACCGACUCCCCCACGGACGAGCGUGGCCUUCGAGGGCAUGUGGUUCGGGCCCAGCGCUUUCGGUUCUCAGAGGAGCCGGGCCUGGGGGCUGAGGGGACGGUGCUGGAGGUCAGCGUCCCGCAGGUCCUGCACCUCCAGUACGGAAUGUAUGUUUGGCCCUGUGCGGUGGUCCUGGCUCAGUACCUGUGGUUUCACAGAAGAUCUCUGCCAGGCAAGGCUGUCUUAGAGAUUGGGGCCGGAGUGAGCCUUCCAGGAAUCGUGGCUGCAAAAUGUGGCGCCGAGGUAAUACUGUCCGACAGUUCAGAGCUGCCUCACUGCCUAGAAAUGUGCCGUCAGAGCCUGGAAAUGAACAACCUGCCACAGGUGCGUGUUGUAGGACUAACGUGGGGCCACGUAUGUCCGGAUCUCCUGGCUCUGCCACCACGAGACAUCAUUCUUGCAUCUGAUGUGUUCUUUGAACCAGAAGACUUUGAAGACAUCUUAACUACAGUAUACUUUUUGAUGCAAAAGAACCCCAAGGUCCAACUGUGGUCUACUUACCAGGUAAGAAGUGCUGACUGGUCACUUGAAGCUUUGCUCUACAAGUGGGAUAUGAAAUGUGUCCACAUUCCUCUGGAGUCUUUUGGUGCAGACAAGGAAGAUAUAGCAGAAUCUGCCCUCCCAGGAAGACAUACUGUUGAAAUGCUGGUCAUCUCCUUUGCAAAAAAGGACAGUCUCUGAAUCAUACCUACAUACAGGCUGUUCUGGGGCAACGUCAACACUGAUUUGCAACCUAUCGUGCCAAUUAGAACUCAGACCAUUUUAGCUUCUUGGGAGUGAGUACAAGCACUGGAUUUGAAGAUGGUCAGAUCUGUCGGCCUUAAAAGAUUGUGGUGGGUCACCUGGA